AAGAGAGGUAGCAUUACCGAGCUGCCCAGCGGGUCAGUCGACGGCCAAACCGCCCGCCCCCACCACAGCGCUUGCCGUGAGUAACAAAGCCAACCAGCAGGUGAAAGGGCCACACCACCCGACACCACCUCCCUCCCCCCUCCAGUACCUCAUACCGCCAGUGUCGUCCUCCACAACUUUUUCCUCUUGCAACGUCUCUGCACAACCCAUCGAGCCGCCCGCCAUCCUACGAGGACACCAGAAAAACCACUCGAACAGGACACGCGACCGCCGCAGACGCAAAUAUGCCCAAGAACAAGGGAAAGGGCGGCAAGAACCGCAGAAGAGGAACAAAGGAGAACGAUGAUCAGCGUCGAGAGCUGACGUUCAAGGAGGACGGCCAGGAGUAUGCCCAGGUCAUCAAGAUGCUUGGCAACGGUCGCCUCGAGGCCCUGUGCUUUGACGGCAGCAAGCGUCUCGCCAACAUCCGUGGCAAGAUGCGAAAGAAGGUUUGGAUUAACCAGGGCGACAUCAUCCUUCUCUCCCUGCGCGAUUUCCAAGACAACAAGGGCGAUGUCAUCCUCAAGUACACCGCCGACGAGGCGAGAACCCUCAAGUCGUACGGCGAGCUGCCCGAGCACGCCAAGAUCAACGAGACCGACACCUUCGGCCAAGGCGAGGACGGCGAGGCUUACUUCGAGUUCGGCGAUGCCGACUCGGAAGAGGAGUCCGACGUCGAGGGCGGUAAGAAGGAGGUCGACAUUGACGACAUCUAAAACCCUGCUUUCCUGGACGGCGGCCCUCGGCCUGCGCCUUGUCCCGCGCAGCCUCUACCCUGUCCGGCACCCCGGGGACCAUGUAGCCGCUGCUUCGACGAAGCGGCUUUCCUUGGGCGGCGGGGGAACUACACACUGUCUUCUCUCUCAAACCCUUCGGGCACUGGUGCUCCGCUGGGUCCCACGACAGUAUUUGGAGCGGAGGUUGGACGACCGUGGUGGGAGAGACGUCACGGCUCGUCAAUGUUGUUCAUGUCUUUCGUUUCGCCUGAUAGUUAUGAAUAUGAGAAUUGCGUCGUGUCAUGAGGCAUGCACAUUUUCGUUUCA